CUGAAUUUGGAGUAACACGUCAUUCUAGUAAAGUGCAGCAGGAGCCGGCUGACAGGGAGUGAUCCCCUCACUGUCGUCUUUCUGUCCAUUGUAUCCGUCUGCUUGUAUCUCCAAAUGCUGUAAUUUUUUCCGAACCCACCAAUUUGUUUGCUUGUGUCUAGACGUGAGGCCAACCUAAUAUCAAAGCUCCGCAAUGGCAACCUACCAGGAGUUCAUCCAACAAAACGAGGACAGGGAUGGGGUGAGAUUCAGCUGGAACCUGUGGCCCUCCAGCCGUCUGGAGGCCACCAGGCUCGUGGUGCCGGUCUCCUGCCUCUUCACACCUCUCAAGGAGAGACCCGAUUUACCGCCGGUCCAGUACGAGCCGGUGCUGUGCAGCCGGGCCAACUGCAAGGCUGUGCUCAACCCACUAUGUCAAGUUGACUUCAGAGCCAAAAUAUGGGCGUGCAACUUCUGCUUUCAAAGGAACCCAUUCCCUCCCUCUUAUGCAGGCAUCUCAGAAGUGAACCAGCCGGCUGAACUCAUGCCACAGUUCUCUACCAUCGAGUACAUAGUGCAGCGCGGACCUCAGGCCCCGCUGAUCUUCCUGUACGUGGUGGACACGUGUUUGGAAGAAGAGGACCUCCAGGCCCUGAAGGAGUCCCUGCAGAUGUCCCUGAGCCUGCUGCCCCCCAACGCGCUGGUGGGCCUCAUCACAUUCGGACGCAUGGUUCAGGUCCACGAGCUCAGCUGCGAGGGGAUCGCCAAGAGCUACGUGUUCAGGGGCACCAAGGACCUCACCUCCAAACAGAUCCAGGAGAUGCUUGGUCUAAUGAAGCCUGCUGCAUCAGGACAGCAAGGUCGCCCCGUGGGCCCUCAGGAUGCUGAAGCCCCUUGCAAGUUCCUGCAGCCCGUGCACAGAGUCGAUAUGAACCUGACUGACUUGCUCGGCGAGCUUCAGAGAGACCCCUGGCCCGUCCCUCAGGGCAAACGGCCCCUCCGCUCAACUGGGGUCGCACUGUCGGUCGCUGUGGGCCUGUUGGAGGGUACGUACCCCAACACCGGGGCUCGCGUGAUGCUCUUCAUCGGAGGCCCCCCUACCCAGGGCCCCGGCAUGGUGGUGGGAGACGAGCUGAAGACCCCCAUCCGCUCGUGGCACGACAUCCAGAAAGACAAUGCUCGCCAUUUGAAGAAAGCAACCAAGUACUAUGAAGCCAUGGCCAACCGCUCAGCAGUAAACGGCCACCCUAUUGAUAUCUACGCCUGUGCCCUGGAUCAGACGGGACUGCUGGAGAUGAAGUGUUUAUCCAACCUCACCGGGGGGCACAUUGUGAUGGGCGACUCCUUCAACACCUCACUGUUCAAGCAGACCUUCCAGAGGGUCUUCAGCAAAGACUACAACGGAGACUUCCGCAUGGCCUUCGGAGGCGUCCUGGAGGUCAAGACGUCAAGAGAAGUGAAGGUCUGCGGCACCAUCGGCCCGUGUGUUUCACUCAACGCCAAGGGUCCCUGCGUCUCAGAGAAUGAGAUGGGCACCGGUGGCACCAGCCAGUGGAAAGUAUGCGGACUCAACCCCUCCACCACUCUGGCUGUAUUCUUUGAAGUGGUCAAUCAGCACAAUGCACCCGUCCCCCAGGGUGGCAGAGGAGUGAUCCAGUUUGUGACCCAGUACCAGCACUCCAGCACACAGAGGAGGAUACGGGUCUCCACCGUCGCCAGGAACUGGGCUGACGCACAGACUCAAAUCCAGCACAUCGAGUCGUCAUUCGACCAGGAAGCGGCCGCGGUGAUCAUGGCUCGCCUGGGCGUGUUCAGGGCGGAGUCGGAGGAGGGACCAGACGUGCUGCGCUGGCUCGACAGGCAGCUCAUCCGCCUGUGUCAGAAGUUCGGACAGUUCAACAAAGAUGAUCCGACAUCAUUCAAACUGUCCGAGUCCCUGUCCCUCUACCCACAGUUUAUGUUCCACCUGCGGCGGUCGCCCUUCCUUCAGGUGUUCAACAACAGCCCCGACGAGUCCUCCUACUACAGACAUCACUUUGUCAGGCAGGACCUGACCCAGUCCCUGAUCAUGAUCCAGCCCAUCCUCUACUCAUACUCCUUCCACGGACCACCAGAGCCCGUCCUCCUGGAUAGCAGCAGCAUCCUUCCGGACCGGAUCCUGCUGAUGGACACCUUCUUCCAGCUGGUUAUCUACCAUGGAGAGACCAUCGCCCAAUGGAGAAAGGCAGGCUACCAAGAAAUGGCGGAGUACGAGAACUUCAAGCAGCUGCUGCUGGCUCCCCUGGAUGACGCCCAGGAGAUCCUGCAGACACGCUUCCCCAUGCCGCGCUACGUCGACACGGAGCACGGCGGCUCACAGGCCCGCUUCCUGCUCUCCAAGGUCAACCCCUCGCAGACCCACAACAACCUCUACGCCUGGGGACAGGAGACGGGAGCCCCGAUCCUCACCGAUGACGUCAGUUUGCAGGUCUUCAUGGACCACUUGAAAAAACUGGCGGUUUCCAGCUCUGCAUAGACGUCUCUAUUCCACCACCAAGGGAUCCUUCAACAUUUCCUCCGUUCCUGUCAAGCAGACGAACCCACAGUCUACUGUAUGUGCUUGCUUGUCCCACGUGACAUAUCCAUGCUACAAAACGAACAGGAAACAAAGCACAUUCCUUAAAAGACAUUUUUACUCAUCUUUCAUUUACAUGUUAUUUAUGAGACACGGCUCCACACUGUCCUCAUGUAAGCAAUAUCACAUGCUCCAUUUCUCUUUUUAUAAGCAGAAUAAUUAGACUGAUAAUUUUUGUUUUUCUCUUUGUUAUUUUUACCCAAAAGGUGUGUGUCUUCUGCACCCGGCUGACGGUGCUGUUGUAUGUGUUUAUGCUUUGUCUAUAGCUCAAGAUGAUAUGCCUAGAAUUUUCUUAAUAAUAAAUUAUAAUGGUACCUUCUAAUGCUUGUUAAUCACUUGACAUACUGAUACCAAAUCCUUCCCGGAUUGUAAGUGUUUUCCGAGAAAAUUCCUUCUGAAUAAUGAGGAUUAAUGUUCCGAGGAAUGGGAGUCAAUCACAUCGACUCUGUUGUCAAUGACGAACAUAAUUUCAAUGUAUUUUUAACUUUACGGGUGUCUCUAUGGUUCAUUCCUCUCAUCCCCGACUCGACACCAUCUGGUAUUUUGCGCCCAAUGAUUUCCCAAGUGUCUUUGUAAUCAAACUUUAAUAUACCGUCAGACUGUAUAAAGAAGCGACAGUUGUUUGAUUUAGAUCCUGUCUGGAUUUUAAAUGCUAUCCAUUAUAAAGCCCCGUCGGCAGGAAACAAA